AUGUCGGGUUUGCCCGGCUGGUGGCUUAGUGGAGAUGAUAGUCGUCAGUACUCGCCAACAAUCGAACCGCUGGAAUGGGAUCGAAUGCUCCGUGAUUCGGGCUUCUCAGAAAUAGACAUGAUUCGCCGGGACUACGCUGACUCUACCAAGCAGUCAACUUCCGGCAUGGUGUCGCAGGCCAUGGAUGAGAUGGUAGAGUUCCCGCGAGAGCCACUGUUGUGCCCGUUCACGGUGCCGGAUGUCCAAGACCUAUUCAUUAUCGGAGGAAAGACCCUUCCCUUUCGCCAGAUGGACAGAGGGGUCGCAAAUCAACUUCGUAGCUGGACCCCGGAGAUUCCUCUCACGGACAGCCUUCUCGCUCUGGAGGAUGCCGGUCCAGAGCCCGGAGUCACCGUUGUCUGCGUGGAGGAUCUCGAUGAAACCGUGCUGCAGGCCACCACACCCGAAAAGCGGAAGGCGCUGCAAUUCCUGUUCUCUAAUGCAAAGCACAUCCUGUACUUUAUCCGGGCCGCCUACGAGGAUUCGCCUUACUCUAUGGCAAUCUAUGGUCUUGGCCGUACCAUGACAUUCGAACACCCGGGUCUUUAA